AUGGAUUCUUUUGCCAUUACAGAGGGCUUGGUUCCCCAAGACCAACCUGAUGUGCCAUCCAGCAAAUUGACCGAAGAGACCAACAAGUUUCAACGCGCCAUCGCAGCCUGGAGAGGUAUUGACUUGGCCAAUACGAUCGCGAAACUCGACACAACAGCUUCCGACAUCGUCGAACAGCAGCGUGAUGCACUUGUGCAACGAAAAGACCUCGCCCAGAAGACAAAGGACUAUAAGAAGCUUGAUGACGAGGCGAAGCUCGCCGAGUAUAAAAGUCUACUCAAGGCGUAUCAAUCCUUCAUCGAUCUUUUGACCAACCAAGGCAAAACGUCUUCGUCUUCAUUCUUGCAACUGUACUCGUCACUAUCCGAGGCCCCAGACCCCUACCCACUCCUUGAAGCUUCCGUCGACUCCCUCGUUCUAUCCGAAGAUACAGUCCCGAAGCUGACAUCGGAGCGGGAUCAAUUGCAAAAGUCCGUGGAUCGUCUCACCAAGCAGCAAGAAGAGACCGAGAAACGCCUACAGGAGGAACGCGCUGCCCGGAAGAAGUUGGAAGAAAACCAAGAAUCGAGGGCCAAGGAAAUUGAGGCAUCGUGGGAAGCUGUCUUGACAGAAAAGACGAACAACUGGGCUGCCAAGGAGAAAAGCUUGGAGGAAAAGGUAGAGAACCAGGAACGCUUGAUCAAGGAGCUCAAGGCAAGCUAUGAAGUCUCCCAGCGCCUCGGCGAGGGUGAAAGCGAUGAGAAUGAUGCCUCGCGAAGUGGUGCCAGUGCAGCCGAGCUUGAGCUUGUUUCUGCCGACCUGGAGAAGACAAGCUUAAGGCUAGCGGAUGUGGAAGCACGCAAUGAACAAUUGCGUAUCGAGCUGGCUCAGGCUGCCUCGCAUUCGCACUCUGCUCCAGUCUCGGUCGAGGAUGACCCUGAAUAUCUUCGUCUUCAGUCGGAGAACUCUUCCUUGUUGCGGAAAUUGGAUGCUGCGCGCUUCGAUAAAGACUCCGAAAAACACACUUGGGAGGCUAAGCUACUUCAAUCGGAGAGAACUGCAUCAAAGGCAUUGGUCGAGAAAGAGGAGCUGCGCUCGCGGUUGGCGAAGGUCGCUGAUUAUGAUGAGAUCCGUCGAGAGCUGGAGAUGAUCAGAUCCAUUGAAUUUGCAACUGGGGAUGAUGAUGAGGCUGGAGAUGGAGCUGAAGGCAAGGCGACUGAGACUAAUGGUGAUGCGACCAAAUCGAAGGACAAGAACUCUCUGGAGCAACUCCUCAUGGCCCGGAACAAGAAGUUGACAGAUGAGCUCACUCUUCUGCGGGUGUCCCACCGUGAUAUCCAAGGUCAGCUUGAAACCCUGCGGAGCGAGCUUUCCACCUCAAAGGGGGAGCUCGAGAAGUCUCGAAACCUUUCAACCACUCUUGAAAACGAUCUUCUUCGUGUACAAGAGGAGGCUGCAAACUCAUUCCCGUCAGGGGCAAUGUCUGUUGCAGGAACAUACACUUCCAGAUACCCUCACUCUGCCCGCCGCGGUGCAUCAUCGCCCACCUCCUCUAUCAUCUCCGGCUUUGACCAGGGCGCCGCAUCCGCAAAUACCAUGGAUGCAAUUCGCGCGGGAGAGGCAGUAGGCGGCGGAUCAGGGCUUCUACCAAUGAUCCAAGCGCAGCGAGAUCGGUUCAAGAAGAAGAACGCCGAACUCGAAGAAGAGAUGUCAAAGUUGUACGCUACCGUCAAAUCUCUCCGACAGGAAGUUGCAUCUCUCCAGAAGGACAAUCUGGGUCUCUAUGAGAAGACAAGAUACGUUUCAACCUACAGCCGAGGCCAGGGCGCAUCCGCAUCCGCAUCAUCAUAUGCAAACACACCCAGCUCCACCUCUGUGUAUACAUCCGCAGAUACACCAUCAGGUCUAUCCCUCGACCGAUACCAGAACGCCUACGAAGCUCGGAUCUCACCCUUCGCCGCCUUCCGAGGCCGAGAAUCGACCCGUGCAUACAAACGUAUGAGCCUACCAGAGCGAAUCGUAUUCUCUCUCACCCGCGUCAUCCUUGCAAACCGAACAAGUCGCAACCUAUUCGCUGGCUACUGCUUUGCGCUCCACGUUCUCCUUUUCGUUGUCCUCUACAUAAUGAGUACCACGGAAAUUGAGAAGCAUAGCGCUAUGGGCGCAGUUGGUAGCGCCGCCGCGGCUGCUUACGGUGGAGGUGGGGGUAGUGGUAGUGGCACAGGCAGUGGCACGGGUCAGCUGCACGGCGAUGACUGGCAGCAGGAAGGAUUCCACUAA